CCCAAAAAAAACCGACGAAACCUCCUUGCCACGCUAACCCCCAUGUCCAAGUUCUAACUACCAUUUUUAUUUUAUUUUUUUAUUUAUUUCAACUCCCCUUCACUCUUUUUCUUCUUGAAAAAAAAACUCUUCCUAGAUUUCUUCAAAGCCUCCCUCUUAACUAAACUCAAAAAUUCAGUUAUGAUGAUCUAUACACUAAAAAUCACUUUUCUUAAACAUUAAUUUUAUUUAUCUUUAGUACGUUGAUCUCAUCUGUACAUAUAUAGAUACAUAGUUAUAUGUCGGAAAGGGGUCUGCGACGGAGAGCACCGGCGACGGGCCGCCGGAGGAUCAGACCGCUGCACCCGACGCCGUCGCCGUCGCCUCGCCGGAAGACCCCGCCGGCGCCUCGCCGAUCUCUGAAGCACUCCAAGCCCAUCAAGAUUCUCAAGCGCUGCUUGUCGGAGCCCGCGCUCUGGACCGCCGGGGGAGACGCCGGCGAAGACGAUCGCCACCGGUUUUUGGGAUCUGAGAACUUCCUAUUCCCUAAGGGAUUGUUUGGAACACUAAUGAUUGAAUAUAUGCAUAGUAGAUAUAGACACAUAAACAAUGGACUAAUUGGAUAUGAUGCUGGUUUUACUUUUGUCAAUUUUUGGAUUUUGGGGUACAAGAGAGAUGCAAAGGUGGUUGUCAAUGUGACAGUUGAGGGAAGUCCAGGACCAUUAAGGACAAUGGUUAAAUUAGGAUCAAGUGUGGAAGAUGCAAUUAAGCAAGUUGUUGACAAAUACAAUGAAGAAGGCAGAACUCCUAAGCUUGACAAGGAUGCUGCAUCUUCACUUGAAUUGCACCAUUCCUAUUUCAGCCUUCAAAGUUUGGAUAAAGCAGAGAUAAUUGGGGAUGUAGGUAGUAGAAGUUUUUAUCUUCGAAAGAGCAGUAGCCGCAACAGCGGCAACAGUGGAGCGUCCACCUCGUUUACCUCCGAAAUUGUUCCCGAAAGAGCAACGUCUCCUCCACCUCCUGUGUUCUUGCUUCCAUCAUUUUUGGCCCUCAAGAUUCAAAAAAUUGUAAGAAGAUCGCGAAAGCUUUGGAAGAUCUUGGUCUGCUCGCAAUGAGGACAUUGCGCGCGAACCAUUUGCGAGCACAAUUUGUCGGAGCAACACCAGCAUAUUAAUUAGUGUUGCUCAGAAUCUCAUGCCAUUAUUAUUUAGGCAUGUUAUUGUUUCAUUCUAAACCAUAUUUCUUAUCUUAUACAAACUUACUUUCAGUGAAGCAAUGUUGUACAUAUUGAUUGCAAUGGGAGAUCAUGAUUUGCAUUGUACUUUGCUCAAACACCAAAAGGAAAUCCAAUUUUUCAUGUUGGUUUCCUUCGAAGUAAUGUAAUAUCUUAUUGCAGUGGAAAGCAAAAAAGUUUU